AUGUCACAAGAUUACAAUGCCCGUCAGUUGAACUCAGGCGGCUUUAGUAACAAUGUCAAUGAUGGUAGUACUUUAGAGUCCAAGCUGCCGAGUAAUCUCCCUACUCCUCCUGAUGGAUAUCCCAGUACUAAUUAUGCUCCUUCUCCUCCACAUAAUUAUGGAUACUUCUAUAACUAUCACUCACAAGCACAGUCUGCUCCUGCUCCUGCUGCUCCACAAGGAUAUUAUUACUCCGCUCCUCCACCUAAUUAUGGUUAUGGAUACUACAAUAACCAUCCACCACAGCCUGUUCCUGAGCAUCCUAUUAUUAAUAAUCUCAAGCCCAAGCCCAAGAUCAAAUAUGCCACAACCACAUCUUACAACGUAUGCUAG